AUGCAGCUGCAGCCGAACCAACCGCAGCUACACCACUGGCCCAACUGCAGCGGCAAAGUGGACAGCAACAGCAAUAAACCCGACUUUGCAUCAAAACAUUACCUGGCUUGUGCUGGGCAUGUCAAACCUAUGGCAUUUGCAGCAGCAGCAUCAGGAGCAACAGCGGCAGUCGCAUCAACCCAACGGGCGUCAACGACCAUCUGCAGCAGGAAGAACAGCAGCAACAGCAACAGCAGCAGCAACAGCAGGUUCUGCUGCUGCUGCUGUUUUUUCUCUGACAGCAGACGUUGUGGUGCCUCAGCAACAGCCUCCUCAUCAGACAGCAGCAGCAACAGCAGCAUCAGCAGCAGCAGCAGCAACGUAGAUAAUGAUAAUAUGGGGAACAGUGACCAGGCUGCUGCAGUUGCCGUAGUGGCUGCUGCUGCAGCAGCAGCAGCAUCUGCUGCUGCACCUGCAGUGGCAUCAUCAUCUGCUAGCAGCGUCAAACGAAGUGGUAGCAGCAACAGCAGCAGCAGCAACAACAAGAAUAAGGCCCCCAGAAGUAGCACCACCACCAAAAAGCGCAUGCUAAAGAUGGAAGCAGAUGCAGCAGCAGGAACUGCAGCAGAAGGACAGGGAGCAGCAACAGCAGCAGCAGCAGCAGGUAGUACACUAGAUGAUACCCCUAUCUCUGUAGACGCAUAUGCAGAUGAUGUCUGCGCCGUCUCGUCAUAA